AUGGUUGGAAGUUUUUCAGAUAUAGGAGCAACAUCCACCGAUUUCUGCAAUUUUAGAAGGGACUUGUUGGCAUAUAUUUCCGGAGCAGAUGCACAAAUGGUAGUAGAAGAUAUGUACAAAAAUAAAGAGAUGGAACCAGACUUCUACUUCGAUUUUGAUCUCAACGAAGACAGGGAGCUAUGCAGGUUUUUUUGGGCAGACACGAUAUCCCGGAAGAAUUAUGUAUGUUUUGGCGAUGUGAUGUCAUUCGACGCAACUUACAGCACAAACAGAUACAAGCUCAUAUUUGUACCGUUUACAGGAGUCGACAACCAUAAACAGAGCAUUACAUUUGGGGCAGGCCUCAUUGCAAGAGAGGACGUGGAGUCGUACGAGUGGCUAUUAAAAAACUUCAAAACCGCGAUGGGCUAUACACCAAGAUGUGUUAUUACAGAUCAAGACCCUGCAUUAAAGGUCGCAAUACCUAACAUUAUGCCGGAAACAAGGCACCGAUUCUGUAUGUGGCACAUCAUGGAAAAAGUGGGGGACAAGGUAGGGAAUGCACUAGCACAAAACAUGGAGUUUAGAAAGGCACUGAACAAUGCAGUAUGGGACGAAACUUUAAGUGUAACUACAUUCGAAUUGAAAUGGGCAAAGGUAAUGCAGGAGUACAACCUUGUUCAACACCGGUGGUUUGAUCAAAUGUACAAAGCCCGUGCAUCAUGGAUACCUGCAUAUUUCCAAGAUAUAUUCAUGGGGGGACUACUCAAAACAACAUCACGGUCAGAAUCAGAGAACAGUUAUUUUGGCAAAUUCACCAAUCACCACAACAGCUUGGUAGAGUUCAUAAUGCAAUACAACCGCGCCAUCGGAGAACAGAGGUACCACCAAAAACAGCUGGACGCCAAGGGCGAAAGUUCAUUCCCUGAAACCAAAACCCCAUUGGCCAUAGAACGCCAAGCUGCUGCAAUGUACACCAAAAACAUAUUCUACGACUUCCAGGAAGAAAUAUGGGAAGGAAACUUCACAUGCAAAAUCACAUGCAAGACAAAUGAUGAUGGGGGUUACAAGUACACUGUUCAUGAAACGGGGGGAAAUAUAUUUGAGAACGAAGGCGUGGAAGAAAUACCAGGAUGCUAUAUUGUUCCCCGAUGGACUAAGAGUGCGUGUGCGCAGCCAAUGUACAAUGUUGUGUGGAAAGCAUGCAGUAAUACACAGGGUGGGAAUGAAUUACGAACAAUUGCCAACCAACUUUGGAAUGAGUUCUACAACUGCAUGGGAUUGGCUAAUGGAUGCCCAACCGAAAUGGAUAUAAUGUUAUCAACAAUGCAAGAACUUAAAGGGAGGUUACAAAGCGCCAGACAACAAACCAGAGCAAGCACCACCCCACAAUCAGUGAUCGAAUCAAUACUAAACGCCACUGCACCUGCCGAGAUCCAAAUCAAACCACCAAGCGUUGCAAAAAACAAAGGUAGUGGGAAAAGAUUAAAAAGCAACAAAGAGAAAGCAACUGAAAAGGGGAAGAAAAAGGUGAGGACAUGCGCUACCUGUGACCGGCCGGGGCACGACAGCAGGAACUGUCCAGAAAGAAAAGCCCUACCAGACGAGUAG